AUGUCCCCCUUUAUGGUCAAUACAGACGACGAGGGCGUGCGCGGCACCUGCGAAGAUGCUUCUCUGUGCAAGAGGUUUGCAGUAAGCAUUGGCUACUGGCAUGACCCUUACAUCGAGCACUUUGUGAGACUGUCGAAAGAGAGGAAGGCCCCUGAAAUUAACAGAGGUCAGUCGUGUGGCAGUAAUGGACUGAUUGUGUGUUUUUCCCAGGAUGAAGAUCUUCUCCCAAGUAAAUAUUUUGAAAUCGACUUUCCAAUGAUAGUCACGCGAAAGCUGCACAAUAUCAAAAACAAGCCUCUCCUAUCAAACCCCAUUAUAGAAUUAGAUUCAGAGGACACACUUCAUAUGGAUGGGCACGUAUUGAAUUCCAAGAGAUAUGCUAUUAUUGGAGCAGAUCUCCGAGACCUAUCUGAGCUGGAAGAGAAACUAAAGAAAUGUAACAUGAAUACACAAUUGCCAACACUCCUGAUAACUGAAUGUGUCCUGGUUUACAUGACUCCAGAGCAGUCUGCAAGCCUCCUAAAGUGGGCAGCCAACAGUUUUGAGACAGCCAUGAUCAUAAACUAUGAACAGGUGAACAUGGAUGAUCGGUUUGGGCAGAUUAUGAUUGAAAACCUGCGGAGACGACAGUGUGACCUGGCGGGAGUGGAAACCUGCAAGUCACUGGAGUCACAGGUCAGAGAGAUAGAGUCACUUGAAUUCCUGGAUGAGAUGGAGCUUCUUGAGCAGCUCAUGAAGCACUACUGCCUGUGCUGGGCCACUAAAGGAGGAAGGGGCCUGGGUUUGAAGGAGAUAAGUUAUUAAUCUGUGGAAAGCUCAUGCUCAUGCUGAACCAGAACUGAAGCGGCUAGCCUUCCCAGAGGAGAUGUGCUGAGCUUCCUAAGGGAUGGGUUGGCCUCAUCUACCAGUCUCAUUCCACACUCUGAGAAACCUAAGGUUACUAAAGUUGUCAUACCAGUUCCUAUUGACUUAUUGUUGUUGAAAUAAAUCUGAGUUGCCAAUUGCA